AAAAAAGUAACUAAAAGAACUAUCAUUAAUAGUUUGGCUAAAGCUGGAAUUCUUCCUGAUGAUAAUGAUUCCAAUAUUUCUGAUAAUAAAUCUGAUGAUAAUAAUUUUGAAGAUAAUAUUGAAGAAAUACAACUUUUAAUUGAUGAGUUGCCAACUAUAAAUCCCUUAAGUAUAGAAGAAUAUAUUAAUAUCGAUGAUAAAUUAAUUGCUGAGGAAGAAUUAUCAUUAGAAGAAAUCAUUGAUAUAGUUAAAACAGGUUUUAUAAAAGCUUCUGAGUUAUUAAAUUCAAAAAAUAAUACUACUAUUUUAGAUGAAUUAAAAGAUAAAUUUACUCAUAUGCAAAAUGCUCAACUUAUUGAAAUACACAAAGAAACUUCAAAAUCAUUCAAUUCUAAAGAAAUAUAUGACCAUCCUUGUUUUUCUAGAUUUGAGGAAUUUGUGAAGAGCACUCAACCGGAUAUAGAUUUACUUACACUUUAUGAUAAAAAAUUAUUGCAAUUUUAUCAAGAAUUAUUCAAAGCUAAAGAAUCAUUUAAUAUACAUGAAGAUUAUGAGUUUAAGGCAGUAUGCGAUACCUUGCAUACCAGAAUAAUUGAGUUAGAAGAAAUCAAUAAUAGUGAUUAUAAUGGAGCUGAUCCUCUUACUGAUGAAGAAAUAAUUCAAAUUUUUGAGUAUCCUAAUAUGUCAAAUAAUACAUCAGAUGGAUUAUUAAGAAGAGUUUUUUUAUGGAUAGGAUAUUACACAGCACAAAGAG